AGACUUAUAACAUAGCUGCCAAAUUGUUAAGGAUAAUAAAUAAUUGCCGACUGGUUACAGCAUAUAAUAGAAUAUCAACAUUGCGGCGCUUUUUGGUUGUUUUAAGUCGAGUUACCGUUAAAUUAUUCUGUAGGAGUUAUUAUCGUGGAUUGCAUGAUAAUAAUCCGAGCGCCGGCGAAACAAAAAUUAAUAUCUCAUCGUCCAUUCCCUCUUACGGUUAUCGAAAUUUGCAUUUUGUGAUUGCGGUGCACUACCACGGGGCUCUUGUUACUCAUCACGCCAUGAUAACGGUGUCCGCGGGGCAGCACUUCGUCGUGGGCAACGCCAAACAAUCCGCGCAAAGGCAAAAAGUAUUGGCACACAUUAACCGGUCAUUCUGGAAAAGUUAUGGCCGCCAAGUUUUUAGGUGAAUCUACGAAAGUCGUCAGCGGUAGUCAUGAUAGAACACUCAAAAUUUGGGACUUACGAAGCAAAGCAUGUAUAGAAACUAAGUUUGCUGGUUCCAGCUGCAAUGACUUGGUAACAGUCGAUGGAUCAGGAACUACAAUAAUAAGUUGCCAUUUUGAUAAGAGAAUAAGAUUUUGGGAUACUCGAAGAGAAUCCAGUGCUGACGACAUUGUCUUAUCAGGGAAAGUGACAUCUCUUGAUCUUUCUCGAGACGGCAGCUACCUUCUCAGCUGUGUUCGGGACGACACCCUCAAACUACUGGAUCUUCGCAUGAACAAAAUUGUUUCGUCGUUUUGUUGCGACGGCUUUAAAGUUGGAUGCGAUUGGGCAAGAGCUACUUUCAGUCCCGAUGGACAGUACAUCGCUGUUGGUUCUGCUGAUGGAAGUGUUUACGUAUGGAAUGUGAACAGUGGAAAACUGGAAACUAUCCUGAAGGAGCACACGUCAACUGUUGGCCUUUUCUCUAGGUCAGCAGUAACAGCUACCUCUUGGCACCCUUAUGGAACCUAUCUGGUCAGCGUGGACAGGUCCAAAACUGCCGCGAUUUGGGGAGACGUCUAACGAAUUUAUCUUGAUCCAAGUAUCUCCUGUCUUACAAACACAACUGUUGAGCCAAAAUUCGGAAUGGUCUUCGUCGCAAAGGGCAGUCAACAAAUUGUACUGUGGUCAAUAAAAAAACUGAGACUCUUAUUUUGAUAAACCAGCGUCGCUUGUUGUAAAGAUGAACAUCAUUACUAUCCAUUUUUUAGCAGUAUACUAACUUGAUCUAUUAUUUUAUCCAUAUACAUAUUAUUACUUGGUGUGGGCAAGUUUUCAAAUUAUUUCAAUUUUUUCGAGUUGGUAGCUCAACGAAAUUUUUCGACUAAUUGAAAUAUUUUUCGCGUUAUAAAAAAGUUUUCCCAAUUUUCAAAACAAUUUUUAAUACAAGGGAUUAAUCCCCAUAAUGUUUUUAUUUCAGUCAUUCGUUUAGCCAUAUUUUUUUAAUUCCCUCGUUUACUUCAAGGUACUUAAUGCCAUUUUUAAUUGUUAACAACGGCUACAUUAAACAGUAGGUUUUUUUAAUCAUUUGUUUAUCUUUUUAUUUAGAUGUUGAAUUAAUUUUAAUUUACCUACUUACAAUAAUUAGUCAUUUUGUGUAUAUAUACUUUUAAACACAUUUAUUUCAUUAGUUUUAAAAGCAUACGCUUAUAGAGAUACCUAUACGUUAUUACUCAAAUUUAUGUGUAAACUCUCUGAAAUGAUCUUUUAUUUUUUUUUUCUUUCCGUUGUAUUCCAGUCAAAGAAACUGAUAAGAAAAGAAGACCGUUUUAGAGAGCUAUGAAAUAAAAGAAAAAAAUCAAAUGAAAACUGUUAUUAUUAUUAUUAUUAUUGACUGAACGUGUAAAAGCGCAUCAUUAUAUGUCGAUGUAUUAUAAGAUAUUAGUUUUUAAGUCGCAAAAUAAAAAACGUUCUUAAAAUACAAUUAAAAUAUUUGUGACAUAAAUUCGAAAAUACAGUUGUAGUGGAUUGACAUAAGUAUAAAAAGCCGUUGUGUACGGAAGUCUUUUAAGAUAAAUUUGUACCAUUUUACUCCUGUACAUAUUUUGGAAUAAAGCGUCUAAUUU